AUGUUUCAGAAAGGUGACGCCUAUAGUCAAGGGCAAGCCUUUAGAAAUGAAAAAUGGAUCACUGCCGAAGGAGAUGCUGAUGCUUUCCUUUACAACUUCUCCCAAUCACCAAAAUCUAUAAGAGAGCCUCCAUCUCCAAAUGCCUUAAUGGAGAGGGGUGCUGGGGAAGAAGAUGACGCUGUGGAGGUUGAGGUAGACUGUGAUGGGGCUGCUGAAGUGGAGGUUCUAUUGGAUGAUAUCAGUCCUAUUCUAACUGAAUGGACAACAAGGCUAUUGCAAAAGCCAAACUCAGUUUAA